AUGAUCAUAAAUACGAACAACUUUGUAAAUUCAUCAUUAACCAACGGAAAUUUUAUACCAGUAUUUGCCGAUUAUAGUAUUUCACAAAUCACUCCCUAUGUUUUUGUUACUGCUGAAAAUACAGCUCGACAGUUGACAAAUAUAUUUUCACGUGGUAUUACUUGUGUAAUUAACUUAGCACAAGAAUUACCACAAAUUAUAUUUCCACCUCACAGUGGUAUUCAAUCAUUGAAAUAUCCUAUAAUAGAUAAUCCAACAUUUCCUGCUUCUCGGUAUUUUGAUGUUGUUGCUGAUCAUAUAGCUGCUAAUGUGGCUUCACGUCGGCGUACACUUUUAUAUUGUCAUCACGGACGAUCACGUUCAAUAACAUUUCUGUUAGCUUACCUUAUAAAACAUCAUCGUCUACCAUUACAAAAAGCAUAUUCAAUUGUGAAAUCCAAACGACACUUAGCUUUACCUAAUGCUGGGUUUUGGUCACAACUAAAAUUAUAUGAAUCAUAUCAACGAAAUCAACAACAAUAUAUGCCACAGUUUUUAACAUAUCUUCAAAAUUCUAUGUCAUAUGGUGGACAAAUAUUAAAUAUGAUGUCUAAUGGAUUUGACCGAUUAUUCGCUCAAAUUCCGAUUGUUAAUGCUUUUGCAAAUGCUAUGAAUCCAAGAAAUCGACAUAUUCAUGUACAUCCUUAUUAUCGCGCUGUACGACGAAGAUCACCAGUAUAUUCACGUCCUUAUUAUCUUCGAUUACGACGAAAAUUCUAUCAUAGAUUAUAUUUCUAA